AUGACCUUUAAAUUACAUAUGCAUAUUUGCAGGCCUUAAUCCUAAACGCUUGCUCCGGAUAAGCCACGCCAGGCUGCUAACGGUAUUAAGGGAGGUAUAGGAUUGGACCAACACCAUGAUCAUCAUUGCUCCCUAUCAUGAGCAGGGACACCCGUCCCACGUCCCAAUACCUGCGCAAGCCUUCCUAUGUGUCCUACGGUAAUUCAGCACUUCAAAAAAAAGUGCGGCAGUCCUGCGGCAUUGUCCUUUUUUUAAUUCUACAUAAAACCACGUAGCACACACUGGCCACUAUCCUCACUCCCAAAAUAGCCACUUGCCGCAAACACUUGUGCUAAGCCUACAUCCGCUGUCAGCCAUCCAACCAAGCAACCAAAUUGCUUUGCAUUGAAAUGACUUCACCCGGCGCUUGUAGCACUGCCGCUGACGCCGCUUGCGGCCAUAGCAGGAGCUGUCGCGCAUGUGUGCCGUCCAAGCUCCGACCAAAGGGCGUCCCCAGUGCCGUACAGGCGCCCUGUGGAAUACUGGCGGGUGACUGGCUGCACCGGGGCCGAGCCCCUUUUGGCUUUGAAGUACCUGAUUACCCUAGUCAUUUCGAUUUCUCCUUUGGUAAGUCCGAUAGGGAUGGCGUUAAGGAAGUCCUCGUGCCCGGCGUACCUCCGCCAGUCCUGGUAAGAGGCAUUCACAACGACCCAAGGCUUACGGCCAAUCACCAGCGCCUGUUCAAGCACAAUUCAGUCACAAAUCACAUGUUAUUAACAAUUUCAUUUUUCAAACAGGACUACGUAUUUGCGAGCAUCACUAAGACCAACGGCGGCAACCGGGGCGCCAGUAGCGGUUGUCAAGGCCCUCCUCGAGCACGCAGCGUGGGUAAUCACUUUGCCGCGUCCACCUCGAACCCAAGUUGCGUCAUCUCACAAUAA